CACAUCACUAGUCGUAGAAGCCACCGCCAUUUUGAUCCAAUGUUGUUUCCGCCAUUGCAAAUGCAAAAGUGCGGUUUAUUAUUUAAUAACGCGAAAUUCGUGUAAUAUGCUGUGUAGUUUAGUUUAGGAACAAUAAUUUAUAAAGAUGGAAGAGGAGUAUAAUAUGGACACACAGGACUCAGUCGCGAGUGACACUAAUAGAAACGAUGGAAAUGAUAGUGAUACUGUGAAAAGUGAUUAUGAGUUUGGUUAUGAUGAAUCUUACGAAGAAGAAGAUGGGGGAUUUCGUGGAGGUCCUCGUGGCCGCGGCAAUUUCAGAGGCCGUGGUGGUCGCGGCAUGCCACCACCGGGCUGGAUGAAUGGACCUCCUCCCAUGCGCUUUAGAGGUAGGGGUUAUGGACCUGGUGGACCUCCAAUGAGAGGCCGUGGAUUUUUCCGUGGCCGUGGUGGUCCCAGAUUUGGUCCUAAUGGAGGGCCUAAUUUUGAUAAUAACUGGGGGCCUAUGGGACCACCACCACCUGGAAUGAUGGGACCACCUCCAUUUGGCCCACCCCCACCUGGAAUGAUGCCACCAGGUGGGCCAAUGGGUCCUCCACCUAAUAUGAUGGGACAACCACCACCUUUUGGACCUCCAGGAAUGCCACCACCAAAUAUGCCUCCACCAGAAAUAUGGGUAGAAACUAAGUCCGAUGAGGGCAAAUCAUAUUACUAUCACCAACGCACUAGAGAAACAACUUGGACAAGGCCACAAGAGAGUCCGACUUGCAAGGUCAUAACACAGGCUGAAAUGGAAGCUAUGGUCUCAGCAGGCCAAAUGCCAGGCAUGAACCAACAAACCAUGGGCAUGAAUAACCCAAUGGGAGGACCAAUGGGUGGACCUAUGGGAAUGAUGCCCAAUGGCAUGAUGGGAGGCAUGAUGCCCCCUGGAAUGGGGCCCCAAGGAGGUGCUUCCACACCCAAUUCUGCCCCACCGUAUAUGACACAUCCACCACCAUGGGCAAAAGAUGGUAACAACCAAAUGAAGAUGGAUCAGUCUGACCAGUCUACAAUGGAUAUGGACGAACUACCACCCGGUGAAUCCCUUCAAAAUAACCAGAUGCCUAAUGCCAUAGCUCCUGUGACCACAUCCUCCAGUGGGCCUUCAAUGGGAGCGAAUAUGGGGUCAGGCCCGCCUAUGGGCGGACCCAAUAUGGGUCCUCCACCUAAUAUGGGAGGGCCUGGUGGUGGGACUUGGAAUCCUUGGGGAUGGGGUCCACCGCCAAUGGUGGCACAACCGGGCUUCCCGGGUCCCGAUAAUAAUGGACAAACUCCAAUGGGAGCAAACCAAAUGAGUAAUUCAAUGUCUGGAGACAAUGAAUCACCAAUAAUGCUGGAUGGAUCCACUCCACCUCCCAAGAAAGAGGCUACUGUGAUACCUCCGGAAUUGGAAGCAGCUGCCGCGGAAUGGACGUCCCACGUGGCUCCUGAUGGCAGAAUGUAUUACCACCACGCCGGCAGAGCUCAUAGUGUUUGGAUCAAGCCGGAGCCCUUGCAGAGGCUAGACGAGUUAAAGGCGAAAAUUGCAGUCGAAAAAGGGGAAAGAUUGGAAAACCUAAAUGAACCAAUCAUUUUGGAUGGUGUUAUAGAUGUUGACGAACAUGCGGACGCGGCCGCAGCGGCCGAAGCGACCGUCGUAGAGGAGAAGGAGAGAACAGAACGCGAGCGGAUAGACCGGGAAAAAGCGGAGAGGGAGAGAGAAGAGAGGGAGAAGGCGGAAAAAGAGAAGGUGGAGAAGGAGAAGGCGAAACCGGAUAAGACCAGGCCGGUUACUAGCACGCCUAUCACGGGGACUCCUUGGUAA